AUGGAAGAGGACGCUGAGAUUGUCUUUAUCCCUAGUGAUAACGAAAGUGAAGACGGUGAGUAUGGAUUAGAUGAUGGGAUGGAAGAGGACGCUGAGGUUUUUUCUAUUCAGAGCGAUAACGAAAGUAAAGGUGGUGACGAUGAAUUAGAUGAUAGCAUCAUGACUUCACCAAAUGUAAAUUCUGUUUCAUCAGAUGAUGAAGAAGAUACAUGUCUUGAAAAAAGAAUGACUGAGUUGGAUGGUAUUUGGGAGAAGAAGAGUAGAAAGUAUGAUGAUACACAGUUUUCAGAAGAAUGUGGCCCAAAUCUUCCAGAUAACUUCAUUUCGCCGUUAGACAUUUUUCUUUGCUUAUUUUCAGAAUCAUUGAUUGAUACAAUUGUGAAACAAACUAACAUAUAUUGCAGCCAAUCCCAAAAACCAUUUGAACCGACGACAAGAGAGGAGAUGUUACGCUUUUUAGCUAUCAAUAUUAUGAUGGGAAUCAAAAAGUUGCCUUGCAUUCGGGAUUAUUGGUCGUCUAAUUCACAAUUACGUGACACUUAUAUCAGUUCAGUUAUGCCGCUAAAUAGGUUUUUCUUUCUUUUAUCGAAAAUGCACUUAAAUGACAAUAGUUUAAUGCCUAAAAAAGGGGAUCCCAAUUACGACAAGUUAUAUAAAAUUGCACCUAUGAUAAAUCAGCUUUCAGAAAACUUUUUGAAGUUUUAUAAUCCUACAAAAGAACAGGCUGUCGACGAAAGUAUGAUUAAAUUCAAAGGAAGAAGUACGCUGAAACAGUAUCUCCCUCAAAAGCCUAUAAAAAGAGGUUACAAAGUAUGGGUGAGAGCUGAUUUGAAUGGCUUUGUUUGUCAAUUUGAGAUAUAUACUGGCAAAAUUAAUGGAAGACCAGAAAAAUUAUUAGGUGAAAGAGUUGUUCGAGAUUUAUCCCGUAAAUUAGCUUUUAAGUUUUACCAUUUAUAUUUCGACAACUACUUUACAAGCUUAAGUCUAAUGAUUUCCCUAAAACAAGAUGGGAUUCUAGCUUGUGGUACUGUAAGAAGUAACCGAAAGGAUUUACCGAAAAUGCAAAAGACUAAUAAAAGUAUGAAUAAAGGAGAAAGUGAAUUUCGGUCAUCUUUUAAAGGCAUAGGAUGGGUAAAAUGGUUUGACAACAAGCAUGUACAGUUCUUGUCAAAUUUUCAUGAUCCCUCUGAAAUUGUGAAUGUCAAAAGGAAACAAAAAGAUGGAACCAUUCUUGAAAGAACUGCUCCACGAAUAGCACAUGAUUAUAAUUGUUUUAUGGGAUGCGUCGAUAAGGCAGAUAUGCUAAAGUCUGUAUAUGAACGAGAUAGAAAGAGUAAAAAAUGGUGGCACAGAAUUUUUUGGCAUUUUGCAGACGUGACUGUAGUAAAUUCAUUUAUCAUUUACAAGCAGAGGAAUACUGAUUCUCAAAUGACCCUAAAGCAUUUCAGAUUACUACUCGUCGAUCAACUCAUUGGAUAUUAUAGUUCAAAUAAACGGGGUACAAUCGUAGAGCUGCAGUCUAGUGAAGAAUCAACACCUCAGAAUUUGAGUCAGAAAAGUAUUGGUAUGUAUUUCAAUAUUUCAGUGGAAGAUCUUCAAUAUGCUGUUCCUAACAUUGAGCCAAACGAAGCUGGUCCAUCUGUUCCAAAAAAAGCACGUGGUACAAGAAGUAGUAGCAGUUAUGGAUCAGUGUCAAUUAAGUGA